CUGCCGAUGAGCCCACAUCUGACGAUAUUGUACAAAUUUGUAUGCCGUGGGUUCUUUACAGAUUUUAACUCAAUAGAUAUUAAAAUAACAGGACGUGGAAGCUGAAUGAUAUAAAUUUUAUUAAAUAAUUAUAAUGCCAGCAAGAAUACCCAUGGAGGAUUCUGUCUGCAAUGGAGCUCAUGGAGAUGGCCCUCAUAAUAGAUUGGGCCCUAAUCUUCCAGAAUUUGUAUAUAAUGGAGAGGUUUCUAUUAGUGGCAUUUCUGGUCGUUUGCCGGAAUCAGACAACAUGGCUGAAUUCCGUGAACAUUUAAUGAACAAAGAAGAUAUGGUAACAGCUGAUGACAGGAGAUGGAAAAUGGGACUGCAUGGCAAUCCACCAAGGAAUGGAAAAUUAAAAGAGAUCAGACAUUUUGAUGCUGGAUUUUUUGGAGUUCAUCCAAAACAAGCAGAUUGUAUGGAUCCACAGUUACGGAUGCUGUUAGAAACAGCUUAUGAAGCAAUUAUAGAUUCAGGACAAACCUUGGAGAGCGUACGUGGUUCAAGAACUGGUGUGUUUGUUGGGGUGAGCAUGUCAGAAGCAUCUGAUGCUUGGACAUCCGAUGCAGAAUCUACAGUUGGUUACACAAUGCCAGGAUGUUGCAGAGCUAUGUUUGCCAACAGAAUUUCAUUCUUCUUUGAUUUUAAAGGUCCCAGUUAUGCUGUUGACACUGCAUGCUCCUCAAGCAUGAUGUGUUUAGAUCAAGCUCUUAUGAAUAUCAGAAUGGGAAUAAUAGAUUCAGCUAUUGUGGGGGGCACAAAUUUGUGUCUGAAGCCAAAUACAUCUCUUCAGUUUGUGCGAAUGGGAAUGACAUCUCCCGAUGGCGCAUGCAAAACAUUUGAUGCAUCAGGUGAUGGCUACUGUCGUAGUGAAGCUAUCAUGUCUAUCUUCUUGCAAAAGUCAGCAGACUGCAGGCGUAUUUAUGCAACUGUUGUUCAUUCAAAAACAAACUCAGACGGGUACAAAGAACAAGGUAUAACAUUCCCCUCUGGCAUACUUCAAAAACAGCUUAUUAAUGAAGUGUAUCAUGAAAUUGGCAUCAACCCAAGUGAUAUAGCUUAUAUGGAAGCUCAUGGAACUGGAACUAAAGUUGGUGACCCACAGGAAACUAACUCAAUUGUUGAAGUCUUUUGCAAAGGAAGAAAAGACCCACUUCUUAUUGGUUCUACAAAGACUAACAUGGGACAUCCUGAAGCUGCUUCAGGUUUAUCUUCAAUAGCUAAAAUAAUUAUAGCUAUGGAGGAAAGGGUAAUCCCUCCUAAUCUUCAUUUUAAGACUCCAAAUCCAGACAUUGCUGGAUUGUUGGAUGGAAGACUAAAGGUGGUUACAGAGUGCACAAGGUGGAAUGGUGGUUUAGUGGCUAUGAACUCCUUUGGAUUUGGAGGUUCAAAUGUUCAUGCAGUGUACAGGUCACAUGACAAGGAAUUGACAGAGCCCCACAUAGCAAGUGACAAACCAAGGCUAUUCACCUGCAGUGCUCGCACAGAAGCAGGAGUAAAGGCUCUGUUGGCAGAGGCUAAAAAAAAUGCUAAAAGUGUUGAGUUCCAAGCAUUAAUACAAGACAGUGCCAAUGUAUCCCCUGGCCAGAUGCCAUACAGAGGUUUUACUGUUUUAAAUGGAGCUAACGACUUGGAAGAGAUUCAGAAAUGCAGCCCAGAACCUAGACCAGUUUGGUUUGUUUUUGCUGGCAUGGGUACACAGUGGCAUGGUAUGGGACGCAAAAUGAUGGUACUGGAUGUUUUUAGAGAUUCAAUCAAACGUUCAACUGAAAUCCUCAGCAAGUAUGACAUCAAUCUAUAUGAUCUCAUAAUGAAUGGAGAUGAAAGUACCUUUGAACAAACUAUUCCAUCAUUUAUUGGCAUUGCAUCAAUUCAGGUGGCACUUGUUGACUUACUUCACUCAAUGGACAUCAAACCUGAUGGUAUUGUUGGCCAUUCUGUGGGAGAAUUAGGUUGUGCCUAUGCUGAUGGUUCUUUGACUGCUGAAGAAACUGUUCUUGCUGCAUACUGGAGAGGCAGGUGCAUAUCUGAAGCAACAUUACCUGCUGGAAAAAUGGCUGCUGUUGGUCUGUCUUGGGAAGAAUGCAAGAAAAUGUGUCCACCAGGGGUUGUGCCUGCUUGCCAUAAUUCUGUUGACACCGUUACAAUUUCUGGACCUUAUGAUGUCACCACAAAAUUUGUUGAAGAACUUAAAGAAAAGGGCAUCUUUGCACGAGAUGUCAAAUCCUCAAAUGUGGCUUAUCAUUCAUAUUAUAUGAAUGAUAUUGCUCCUCAGUUGAAGCAAGCUUUAGAAAAGGUAAUCAAGCCAAAGAAGAGAUCACCAAAAUGGAUCAGCACAUCUGUUCCAGAAGCUCGUUGGGGUGAAGAAUUGGCUAAAUACUCAUCUGCUGAUUAUCAUGUUAAUAAUCUGGUCAGUGCUGUUCUGUUUCAAGAGGGUCUACAGAAAGUGCCAAAUAAUGCAAUUGCUAUUGAAAUAGCCCCACAUUGCCUUUUGCAAGCUAUUCUGAAAAGGUCACUAAGCACAGAAGCAGUAUUUGUUGGUCUUAUGAAACGGGCACAUGAAAAUAAUGUUGAAUUUUUCUUCUCAAGUCUUGGCAAGUGCUAUGCCAAUGGCUUAAACAUGAGUCCACUGAAAGCAUACCCCCCUGUCCAGUUUCCUGUUCCUAGGGGAACACCUAUGGUUUCUCCAGCCAUUUCUAAAAUUUGGGAUCACUCAACUAUCUGGACCACACCAAGUGAAGAAGAUUAUGUUUUUACUAAAGGAGGAGCCUCUUCAGAUGCUGUGUUUGAAAUUGAUGCUUCAGAAGAAUCUGCAGAACAUUAUUUGGUUGGACACAAAAUUGAUGGCCGUGUACUUUACCCAGCCACUGGUUACCUUGUAUUGGCAUGGAAAGCUUUAGCACGGUUAAGAGGCCAACUAUAUGAACAAAUGCCAGUAGUUUUCCAGGAUGUUACUAUUCACAGAGCAACAGUUCUUCCACCAUCAGGGACAGUGUCUCUUAGUGUGAGUAUUAUGCCUGCUACAGGGAAAUUUGAAAUCUGUGAAAAUGAUGCACAAGUUGUUAGUGGCAUCAUAUUUUGUCCAGAAGGGGAGUUUUUAGAUAGUGAUAAAUAUUUGGCUGUAAAAAAUAUUUUCAACAAGAAAGAGACAACUGAGUUUGAACUAACAAAAGAGGAAGUCUAUAAAGAACUUAGAUUGAGAGGUUAUGAUUAUGGACCAACAUUUCAAGGCAUCGCAAAGGCAAGCCAAACAGGUAAAACUGGUGAGCUUACAUGGAACGGUUGUUGGAUUUCUUUUCUGGACACCAUGCUACAGAUUCAGCUUGUUUCCAUGCCAGGGCGCUCAUUACGUUUACCAACACGCAUUAAAUUAUUUAAAGUUGAUCCAAAGAAACACCCAAUGCCACCAGCUGAAGGAGAGGAGCCUAUUAAUAUUCCAGCUUUUGUUGACAGCACUUUAGAUAUAACCUUAUGUGGUGGUGUUGAAGUCAAAGGUCUACAUACUUCAGUUGCACCCAGAAGAGGACUACAGGUACCCCCAACUAUUGAAGAAUAUCGCUUUGUGCCUUAUACACAAAAUGAGGAUAAUAAAUUUCCUGUGUCCUUAAAGAAUUACACAACUGACUGCCUAAAUUAUACUCUUGAAAACCUAAAACAAUUGCUUACUUCAAAUGCAAGUAAUUCACUUUUAAAUAAAGAUCUUUUGGAGGAUGUUGUUAAAAAUAACAAACCAUCAGCUGUUCCAGAUCUUCAAAACUUCACUUCUCAGUCAAACUGUGGCUUGGCCCGUACUUUAACUAAAAUAUUUACUUUGCCUACACCAGAUGUAAAAAACAUUCAUAAUAUUUUGCAAUCAAGCAAAUCUGAAUUGUCAUCUGAUCAACUCUUGGCUAGCCUAAGUAAUCAGGAGAUUUUGAAGCCUUGUAUUGACAUUGUUAUAGACAACACAGCAUCUCAAAAGAUCUCAGUCUUUGAAGUUGGUGCAAGCCAAAGUACUUUGUACAGAAAAAUCAUCCCAAUUAUCAAAUCUCAACCACUUCUAAAUGUGAAUUACACUGCAGCAGACAAGACAUCCCUUGACAAAGAUGUUAAGGAGUUGGGUGUUAAAACCUCUCAAUGGGACCCAAGUACUUCAUCUUCAAUCCCUCCAGGACAAGUGCAUCUUCUUGUUCUCAAAAAUAUAUUACACAAACAAGCCAACAUUGAUGAGACAUUUGAAACAUUAUCAGGCAUGGUUUCUCCUGAAGGUUUCAUUCUGGUUGAGGAAGUUACUGGAAAUUUUCCACUUUAUUUAGCUUUGGAGGCAAUUGCUGAAAAGUUGACAGACAAUACAUCAACUGAUGUGUGUCGUGUAUGUGGAUGCUACCUGACUGAAGGAUCUUGGGUAGAAGUGUUUUCUCGACAUGGCUUUGAAGUUGUUUAUAGAAAGUCAGACAAUCUGCUCUCAACUAUUUUCUUGUUGAGGAAGAAAGCUCAGUUUGCAACACCACCAAUUGUGUUUUCAAUUGAUGACUUGCAGUGCUCUUGGUUAGAUGACCUAAAAAUCAAAAUGAAAGAGUUAGAAAAAGCACCAGAAGAUGCAAGACUUUGGCUAACUGCCACUAAAGACAUAAAUGGAUUGGUGGGAUUUUUUAACUGCCUGAAAUAUGAGGCAGGAGGAGAAAAGGUCAGAAGUAUUUUUGUGAGCAAUUUGACAACAUCUGAUCAACCAGACUUGUCUGUUAAUAGCACAGAGUUCCAGAACAUUGUCAAGAAAGACUUGGUUGUGAAUGUUUACCGAGAUGGUAAAUGGGGAACUUUUAAGCACAUACCUAUAUCUCUUGAUGAAAAAGCAAGAGAAAAAGCAACUGAAUAUGCUUAUGUUAAUGUAUUAACUAGAGGAGAUCUUUCAAGCUUAAAAUGGAUUGAAUCACCUUUGAAAUAUUUCCACCAAGACAGGCAAGACAUGGAAUUAUGUAGUGUAUAUUACACAUCACUAAAUUUCCGUGAUGUUAUGCUGGCUUCUGGAAAAUUGCCACCCGAUGCUAUACCAGGCGAUAUGGCAACUCAGGAUUGUGUUUUGGGAAUGGAAUUUUCAGGCAGGAAUUCAGAAGGCAAACGAAUCAUGGGAAUUUUGCCUGCUAAGGGCCUAGCAACAUCAGUUGAUACUGCUAAACGUUUUCUCUGGAAUAUUCCUGAAAACUGGACAAUGGAGGAGGCUUCCACUGUGCCUGUAGUUUAUUGCACAGCUUACUAUGCUCUAGUGACAAGGGGAAGAAUAAGGAAAGGAGAAAAAGUACUUAUUCAUUCUGGAAGUGGUGGUGUUGGCCAGGCAGCAAUAUCAGUUGCACUCAGCUAUGGUUGUGAGGUUUUCACCACUGUUGGAUCCAAUGAAAAGAAAGAAUAUCUUAAAAGCUUGUUUCCUCAACUGCAGGAUAGAAAUUUCAGCAAUUCUAGAGAUUUGUCUUUUGAACAUGAUAUAUUGAAAGAAACAAAUGGGCAUGGUGUUGAUCUUAUACUUAAUUCGCUUGCUGAAGAAAAACUGCAAGCAAGUGUAAGGCUUCUAGCUCGACAUGGCAGAUUUUUAGAAAUUGGAAAAUUUGAUCUGUCAAAUAAUACACCAUUAGGCUUAUCAAUCUUCUUGAGAAAUGUCUCAUUCCAUGGCAUAUUACUUGAUGCCUUGUUUGAAGAUAACACUGUGGAGUGGGAAGAAGUUGCAAAUAUGGUUCGUGAUGGAAUGUCUAGUGGUGUUGUGAAACCACUAAAAGCAAGUGUCUUUAGCAAAGAUGAAAUAGAAGAAGCAUUUAGAUUUAUGGCUCAAGGAAAACAUAUUGGAAAAGUUGUUAUCAAGGUUAGAAGUGAAGAAAAAGAUGAAGUUGCCACACCACCCUCAGUAUCAAUAGCUGCUGUUGCAAGAACAACUUGUAACCCUUCCAAAUCUUAUAUCAUUACUGGAGGACUUGGAGGAUUUGGUCUUGAACUUGCUCAAUGGCUAGUUGAAAGAGGAACAAAAAAUUUAAUUCUGUCAUCCAGAUCUGGUAUCAAAACGGGUUAUCAACACAGAAAGGUUCAACAAUGGAAAGCUGCUGGUGUUAAUGUAAUUAUUACAAAGAAUGAUGCCAAAACAAUUGAUGGCGCCAGAGCAUUGUUGCAAGAAUCAAAUAAAGUAGGACCAGUGGGUGGCCUCUUUAAUCUUGCCAUGGUGUUAGCUGAUGGCUUAUUUGAAAAUCAAACAAAUGAAAUGUACAAGACUGUCUGUGAGCCAAAAAUACAAGGUACAAUUAACCUGGAUCAAGCAACAAGAGAGCUGUGCAAAGAUUCUUUAGACUGGUUUGUUGUCUUCUCAUCUGUCAGCUGUGGCAGGGGAAAUCUUGGUCAAACAAAUUAUGGAUUUGCCAAUUCUGUAAUGGAGAGAAUAUGUGAAAAAAGAAAAACAGAUGGUUUUCCAGGUCUUGCCAUUCAGUGGGGAGCUAUUGGUGAUGUAGGUGUUAUUGCAGAAAGUAUGGGAGGCAAUGAUACUGUAGUAGGAGGUACCUUGCCACAAAGAAUGACCUCUUGUCUGAAUGCCCUUGAUCAAUUCCUGAAUUUGAACUACACAGUUGUCUCUAGUUUUGUGAUAGCUCAGAAAGAUACAAGAAAGAAAGAAGGGGGCCAGAGCAGAGCUAAUUUAGUGGAUUCAGUUGCUAGGAUUCUAGGUGUGAAGGAUGUAUCAAAUGUUGAUCUUGAUACAAGCUUAGCGGAUCUUGGUCUUGAUUCUCUCAUGGGUGUUGAAAUAAAACAACUACUUGAGAGAGAUUUUGAAGUAUCGCUUAGCACGCGAGAAAUCAGGAUGUUGAAUUUCAGAAAAAUAAAGGAAAUGAACGGUGCUGAGGAAGAAGUUGUCUCAGACACAUCAGAAACUGAACCAGUGCAGAUAAUUCCAGAAAUUGCAGUUUUACCCAAAAAUGACUCCACAGUGUCUAGUAGAUUUGAUUUUACUCAGAUGAUGCCUAAAGCAACUAUUCGUAAGAUCAACAGUAUACAGAAUGGUCUCAAGCCCCUGUUUAUUGUACAUCCAAUUGAAGGCAGUGUUAUUGCUCUUGAAAGUUUGGCAGCCUGUCUCCCAUGUCCAGUUUAUGGUCUUCAAGUAACAAGUUCAGCUCCACUCACAUCAAUUGAAGCUCUAGCUGGGCACUAUCUUCAGCAUUUAACUUCAGUUGACCAGAAUGGUCCUUACCGGAUUGCUGGAUAUUCAUUUGGUGCUGUUGUUGCUUUAGAAAUGGCUAACCAGCUUAGGAAACAAUUUCCUGAUCGUUCUGAUAUUGUUCAGUCUUUAACUUUGCUUGAUGGCUCACAUCGCUUUGUUGAAAUGUACACAUCUGUUUAUCGCAAAGCAAUGAAACUGAGCACUUUAUCAGAAGAACAAGCUGCUAGUCUCUGUGCUUUUGUAAGACUGUUCAUGAAAUUUGAUGAAACACCAGUAUUCCAACAAAUGUCUACUGCCAAGGACCUUAAUGAAAGAAUACAAAUUGCUGUUGACAUUUUAAUGAAAACUGGGAAAUUUACUCUGAGAGAAGAUCUUGAGACCUUGGCCAAAUCCUUUUAUUCCAUGCUGUCAAUCAGUGAAAAGUACAAACCACAAACGUAUUCAGGAGAUAUUACUUUAGUGCGAGCACUCCAAAACAGUGUCAAUUCAAGUAGUAUAGGAGAAGACUACGAUUUGCAACAGGUUUGCAGUGGUAAAGUGCAAGUUGCAGUUGUUGAUGGAGAUCACGAAUCAUUCAUACUUGGUGACGGUGCUCAAAGAGUAGCCAAUAUUUUGAUUCCCUUGUUACCGUAAAGAAGUUAAUGAAAGGUCAUAAAGAAGAGUAUAAUCGUUGAGCAAAACAAGUCCAAGAACUACGGUUUUUGUGAUUCAAAUUUGGGGUACUGCAGCACAUUUUAGUGAUAGCCUAAUGGUCAUUAAAGAAAUGUUCAGUCUCAUUUAAAAAUUGACAUUUGAUUGAGUGCUUGGUUUAAUGAUUUACUAUUUUGUAGUAGCUUGAAGCGACAACUGAGUUUUUUUUAAAAAUUACAUGUAAAAAAAACUUACGAAUAUGUUGUUAAAGCGAGAAUUUUUCCAGUUAAAGAAUUCCUUCCUUGAAUGUUUUUGUAUCCAAACCAUGUUUGAUCUGAAGACAUCUUAAAAUGAGACUUAUUUUUUAUACUUCUAUAUGAGAUGCAUGUCUCUGUACUUGUCAGUCACUGAUAUUUGAUUUAUUUAUUUAUUAGAUCCAUGCUCUCAAAAGCUAGUGUAUCAAUAUAGAUGGCCCGAUAUGUAUUUUUUGUAUUGCAGUAGUUUGUCUAUGUAAAAUACAAUUGUUGGUGUUGUGACUUUUUAUCUGUUUAAUGUGUUCUAUUGCAAUUUAUGUUUAUUAAAGGCUUCCCUCUUCUUUUUUUAUUGUUGAUACUUUUAGCUAGAUUUUUGGAUAUGAUAUUAUAUUGUUGAAAUAUUUUUAAUUAAAGGUCAUUUAUAUUUAUUUUCUGUAUUACUUUAAAUACUCAUGGAGUAUAUUGUUUGAAUGAGAUGAGUUUAUCUAAACUUAAAAUAUCAGAUUUUAUUUUUUGUACCAUUCUGAGUAAAUAGGUUAAUAAAAUUAGCUAUUUUGUUUCAGAAGAUCCACAAAGCCACCAUAAUAUUAUCUUGAAAAUUAAAUUUACUUUUUGAAAAAACAUGUACAUUUAAUGAUCAUCAUUCCUUUUUAUACAAAUAAAUGUCAUUAUCAUCAUCACUGAUCAUAAUAGAAAUCCACUGAGGUUGCUUUCUCAUAAAGACUUCAUGUUUUUCUUUUAUAGAUGUUAACUUUAGAACAUGUAUUUGCAUGUUUUUGAAUGAUUGCAAACACUAGUGUGAAUGUACAAAUGUGCAUUCUUGAUAAUUGUUAUGGUGAAUGGGCUUAACUUUGCCACAUCUUUGUAUUAUACUUUUCUUUUUUUUACUUAAUAACCAUUUCUGAAUGACUCAAUGCAAUUAUAGUUUGUACUUGUAUGGAGAGACAAGAGCUGAAUUUCUAAACUAGUCUGGUGUUUUCAGUUGUAGAGCACCUUGAACUUCUUACUUCUUCCAUGAUAGCUCUCUGAUGCAUAUGCUAACAUUUUCUCUUUUGCUUUAUUAGCAGUCCAUUUUGAAACAUUGGUCUUCAAAAGAUUUUAUAGUAUUCAUGUUUUCAUCUUUGAAUUUCUGCCAAGUGUUACUAGGUAUUCAUUCUGGAACCGUAUAUAAUGUUAAUGGAACAAUCAAUAAAGUUUUUUUUAAAAUUC